AUGGGAAUCUUUCGCUUUGGCGCCAAAAAGAAAGUGAUUAAGGUUGCUGUUCAAUUGCUCGAUGACACGGAGACGAUCACUUCGGAGUUCAAGCGCUCCGAGCCCGCGCAGGCUAUCCUCGACUAUGUCCUGGAGACGAUGAACAUCAAAGAAACCGAUUAUUUUGGGCUACGAUAUCAGGAUCAUGAUAGGCAUAGAUACUGGGUCGAUCUCUCAAAACCGAUCUCCCAUAUGGCGAAGCAGUUUAAAUUUCCUGACACAUUGACGUUACGACUUCGAUUCCGUUUUUAUCCAAAUGAUCCACAUAUGUUAAGAGAGGAAAUUACGAGAUAUCAAUUGUUUGUGCAAUUGCAACGUGAUCUUUUACAUGGUCGUCUUUAUUGUCCUCAAGGAACAGCCGCUCAUCUUGCAGCUCUUGUUUUGCAAUCACAACUGGGUGAUUAUGAUGAAGCGAUUCACGGGGAACUUUACGCUUCCAAGUACAAAUUACUUCUCAAGCAAACGCCGAAAAUCGAGGAAAAGAUCGAGGAAUUGCAUAGGGAAAUGAGCGGGAAAUGCAGUGCCUCUGAAGCCGAGUUGGAGUUUCUCGAGCGUGCCUGCGAGUUGGAUACAUACGGAUUUGAUCCGUAUACUGUAAAGGAUCGCCGAGAGCCUAUCCAAUCGAUUUUUUUGGGUGCCACACAUCGUGGAGUGAUUAUCUACAAGGGAAAUGUGAAAGCACAUCAAAUUGAAUGGAAACAACUCGUCAAAGUGGACUAUUUGGCUCAAGAACUUCGACUCACGCCAACCGAUGACUAUAUCCCUCCAACCUCUACACUAAAUCUAAAUCUAACCAAUGAUGAGACACAAAAGGAGAAAAUGAUUCCACUAAAGGAAAAGAGAAAAUCGACAAUCAAAUUCUUGUGCCCAAAUCAAGUCUUCGCCAAGCACCUUUGGACUCACAUCCUCUCACAGCAAGCCUUUUUUACUGAUGCCUCCGCCUCAACUGUCAAACAACGAUUCAGCAAGCCCAGAAUCCCAUUACUUGGUCGAGGCUCAUCAUUUUCGUUUCCAUCGCGACGCGUGCUUCACGAGAUCGAGAUCUUGAACGAUUCGACACCAAGACUUGACGUCUCAUUCCUCCGCUACAGUCUGCCCCGUCAAGAACCCCGGCUCGAGGCAACUUGGCUAAACAAAACUCAUCAAUCAACGCUAAUCAACGGCCAUUUGAGUCGAUUAACUGAAAAAUCGACAAAUGAGAACAUAUCAAAAGUUGAGACAAGGGAAAGCUUACUACUUGAAAUGGAACGUUUGGUAAAAGAGCCGAGAAAUCACAGCGAGCAAUCGGCUCAAACGCAAGACGGGAAUGAGAUUCAGAUUGUCCCCCUGCAAAUCAUCCCCACUUUUUCAACAACAAAACCAUUGAUUCUCGAGAAUAAGUUUACGGUAGAGGAGAAGACAAGCGUGAUUUCGGAGGAGAUUGGUGAACCAUUGUUGACAAGUACGCCAACAAAUGCACAAAUGAUUAGACGAGGAAAUCAUUUGACGGAAAAUUUGCCACAAAAUUCGACCAUUUCACCGAUAAAUGGACAUUCGAAAAUAAAUGGAAAUUCGAUAAAAAAGACGAAAUCGGUGAAUUCGAUUGAAAGAAAUUCCACUCAACGAAUCGUGAAUGCCAUUUUUAUUUCGUUACUUUUUCUACUCUUGUUCGCAACGCUAAUGAUCGCUUUUUUUGAGCACCGUUCCACCUCGGAUUGGUUCUCUUCAAAUGAAGCGAUUUCUCGAAUUCGUCAACAUUACUAUGAGCCAGCUAGAAAAAGCCUCAUCGCACUAUACGCUAGAGUCAUUCCACAACGA